AUGGCGCUGCUGGGCCGCUGGGCGCGGCGCUGGCCCUGGCCGUGCAACCUGCUCGUCUACGGGGGUCUCUUCGCGGCGGGCGACGCGGCUCAGCAGCGGCUCCGGCUGGACUCCCCGGACUGGCGGCAGACGCGGCACGUGGCGCUGGUGGCGCUGGCCUUCCACGGCAACUUCAGCUACCUCUGGCUCCGAGGGCUGGAGCGCCUCCUCCCCGGCCGGGCGCCGCUCGCCGUCGUGGCCAAGGUGCUCUGCGACCAGCUGGUGGGCGCCCCCGUGGCGCUCCUCGCCUUCUACACCGGCAUGAGCAUGCUUCAAGGGAAAGAAGAUAUUUUCUUAGACUGCAGACAGAAAUUUUGGAACACAUAUAAGACUGGGCUGAUGUACUGGCCUUUUGUGCAGCUGUCCAACUUCAGCCUGGUCCCUGUGUACCUGAGGACUGCAUACAUUGGACUGUGUGGUUUUGUCUGGAUGGCUUUCCUGUGCUUUUCACAACAAUGUGGGGAUGGCACUGUAAAAUCUGCUUUAAGGCUGUUCCAGGAAGAGAAGGCCAACAUGGAUGACAAAUCACUGGAGAAAUGAAGAGGUCAUUGUCACAAAGC